GGUUCUGGCUGUGGUCGCAGGCCUGAGCUCUGACUAUGUGGUCUCCCUGGCGGUCCGGACCCUGAGCCGCCCAGGCAUGUGGGCGAUCGCGGGGCGGGCUCUCGCGCCGUGGGCCGCUGGGGCUGCGCGCUUGCUGCCUCCCUGUCCCCGGCACGCGGGUGUCUUGGAGCCAGGGGUCGCCUGCAGGCUCUUCAGCGCGGCGGAGCUCAAGGAGAAACCUGACAUGUCUAGAUUUCCCGUCGAAGAUAUUAGGAAUUUCAGUAUCAUUGCACAUGUGGAUCAUGGCAAAAGUACUUUAGCUGACAGGCUCCUGGAACUAACAGGAACAAUUGAUAAGACACAGAAAAACAAGCAGGUUCUUGAUAAAUUACAAGUGGAGCGAGAAAGAGGAAUCACUGUGAAGGCGCAGACAGCGUCUCUGUUUUACAGCUUUGGAGGAAAGCAGUACCUUCUAAAUCUCAUCGAUACACCAGGCCACGUUGAUUUUAGUUAUGAAGUGUCUAGGUCCCUUUCUGCGUGCCAAGGUGUUUUACUGGUGGUUGACGCAAAUGAGGGUAUUCAAGCGCAAACUGUGGCAAACUUCUUUCUUGCCUUUGAAGCACAGUUGUCAGUAAUUCCAGUUAUAAACAAGAUAGAUCUGAAGAAUGCUGAUCCUGAAAGGGUUGGGAAGCAGAUUGAAAAAGUGUUCGAUAUCCCUAGUGAGGAAUGUAUUAAGAUUUCUGCGAAACUCGGGACAAACGUUGCCAGUGUGCUCCAGGCAGUCAUUGAACGAAUACCUCCUCCAAAAGUACAUCGUGAAAACCCGCUGAAAGCUUUGGUAUUUGACUCCACCUUUGACCAGUACAGAGGUGUUGUAGCCAACAUAGCGCUGUUUGAUGGAAUGGUUUCCAAGGGAGAUAAAAUUGUGUCUGCACACACUAAAAAAACAUAUGAAGUCAAUGAAGUAGGCAUUUUGAAUCCUAAUGAACAACCAACUCAUAAAUUAUAUGCAGGACAGGUGGGCUUUCUGAUUGCUGGGAUGAAAGAUGUCACUGAAGCACAAAUAGGAGACACAUUAUAUUUACAUAAUCAUCCAGUGGAGCCCUUGCCUGGGUUUAAAUCAGCGAAACCAAUGGUAUUUGCAGGAGUGUACCCUAUAGACCAAUCCGAAUAUAAUAACCUCAAGAGUGCUAUAGAAAAACUGACCUUAAAUGACUCCAGUGUGACAGUGCAUCGGGACAGUAGUCUGGCCCUGGGUGCUGGCUGGAGGUUGGGAUUUCUUGGACUUUUACAUAUGGAGGUGUUUAACCAGCGACUAGAGCAAGAGUAUAAUGCUUCUGUUAUUUUGACAACCCCCACUGUUCCAUACAAGGCUGUUCUUUCCUCUGCCAAAUUAAUAAAGGAGUAUAAAGAAAAGGAAAUCACUAUCAUCAACCCUGCACAAUUCCCUGAUAAGUCCAAAGUAACAGAAUAUUUGGAACCUGUUGUUUUGGGCACUGUCAUUACACCAACUGAAUACAGUGGAAAAAUAAUGGAGCUUUGUCAGGCACGAAGAGCAAUUCAGAAAAAUAUGACUUUUAUUGAUGAAAACAGAGUUAUGCUGAAAUAUCUCUUCCCUUUGAAUGAAAUCGUGGUAGACUUUUAUGACUCUUUGAAGUCUCUGUCUUCCGGAUAUGCAAGUUUUGACUAUGAAGAUGCCGGUUACCAGACUGCAGAUCUAAUAAAAAUGGAUAUUAUGCUGAAUGGCAAUAUCGUGGAGGAGCUGGUGACUGUGGUCCAUAGAGAGAAAGCAUACACUGUUGGCAAAAGCAUAUGUGAACGUCUAAAGGAUUCUCUUCCCAGACAGCUAUUUGAGAUCGCAGUUCAAGCAGCUAUUGGAAGCAAAGUAAUUGCAAGAGAAACUGUGAAAGCCUAUAGGAAAAAUGUUUUGGCAAAAUGUUAUGGUGGUGAUAUUACCAGAAAAAUGAAACUUUUGAAGAGACAAGCAGAAGGGAAAAAAAAGCUGAGGAAGAUUGGCAACAUUGAGAUUCCAAAAGAUGCUUUUAUAAAAGUCCUGAAAACCCAGCCUAAUAAAUGACUCAGGAAAAGCAGGA